CCUCUUCGUCACUGCCACACAACUUACACCAAGAGACAAAAAAUGAAUACAUCGAUACCUGACUCAACCUGGCUUCACCUCAGUCAGCGAACGAUUUAACCUGCUCCUUGUAACCUGUCGGGCAGACGCCGCUGAACUUCGUGGUUUCCAUCUCCGGGUUAGACCAAAAUGAGCAGCCUGUGUGUGUUUACAUUCAGUGGAGUCAGCUUACAAAGUGCGCAGAGGGUCUUAUCUGGGUAGCUAGCGUUAGCCCUGUAAAACUGCCGUCUGUGGGCCGCUCCGGCUGUAUCAUUCCCGGGACAGGUACAUCUCAAUUAGCUAAGGUUCAGCACCAUGAAUCUGAUACGUCUGGUGUGCCGACAUAAGACAGCCCUGGUCAUUGGCACUGUGUGCAGCUUUGCUGUAGUUCUGGUCUUCUUGGCCAAAUGUACCUCAGAAACGCUGAAACAAGGCCACCUGGAUCCUCCAGGCCUAGCCCCUCAUGCCAAUGCUUUGCAAUCCCAUCCAGAGCAGCAUAACCCCACUUCCACCUCCAAAGACUCUUCAGCAUUCCUUGUGGUCCUCAUCACAACCGGACCUAAGUACACAGAGCGGCGGAGCAUAAUCCGCAGCACCUGGCUGGCCAAGCGGGACUCUGAUGUUCUGGCCAAGUUUGUGGUAGGAACUCAGGGGCUUUCCAGCGAGGACCUUCAAAACCUUAACACAGAGCAAGGGCGGCACAAGGACUUGCUCUUACUGCCUGAGUUACGAGAUUCUUACGAGAAUUUAACACUCAAGCUGCUGCACAUGUACUCCUGGCUGGACCAGAAUGUGGAGUUCAAGUUUGUCCUUAAAGCAGAUGAUGACACAUUUGCUCGCUUGGACCUCCUUAAGGAGGAGCUGAAGGUGAAAGAGCCCAACCGGUUAUACUGGGGCUUCUUCUCAGGAAGAGGGCGAGUGAAAACUGCUGGGAAGUGGCGGGAAAGCUUUUGGGAGCUGUGUGACUACUACCUGCCCUACGCACUGGGUGGGGGCUACAUCCUCUCGUCUGACCUGGUACGUUAUGUGCAUCUUAAUGGGGGCUACUUCAAGACAUGGCAGAGUGAGGAUGUGUCACUGGGCGCCUGGCUGGCACCAGUGGAUGUUCGGCGGACGCAUGACCCACGCUUUGACACGGAGUAUAAAUCACGUGGUUGCAACAACAAAUACUUGGUGACACAUAAGCAGAGUUUGGAGGACAUGUUGGAAAAACACCAGACUCUGCAGCGUGACGGCCGACUCUGCAAGGAGGAGGUCAAGCUGCGACUGUCUUAUGUGUAUGACUGGAGUGUGCCACCCUCACAGUGUUGUCAAAGGAAGGAUGGCAUUCCUUAAUUUUUGUGCUUUUUUUUAAGGCCCUGAAGUUGGCUUCUUAUUCCUGUCUUCAAGUCAGUAGUCAGUAAAAACAACAACAACAACAUAGUAAGUGCCUUAAAGUUGCUAGGAAAUCCCAUUUCAGAUUUGGAGAACCUUUUCUCUUAUUGCGGGAACAAACAAAGGGAAAUGUUACUGAUGUUUUCGUUAUGUAGACCACUUAAGAGCAGGUCUAGCUCAAUUGUUUUUCUGUUUUCACCAAUUUGAAAUCAGGUUUAAAACAGUCUUUAGAGUUUUCAUGUUCAUUUAGAACAGGUUUGACACAUUUAGGGUUAUUGGUUUUUGAGCUAGACUUGGUCCAUCAUGGUCUGCGUUGAGGGAAAGCAGUGACAUUUCCUUUGGUCUCUGAAGUCUCCAUGUUAAUCUAGUCCACCUUUUUUUAGGAGUCUUUUUUUUCACAAAUAUAAUUAAAGUUUCACACAUCUGAAAAGGGGCUUUAAACAGUCUUGAUAUUAAUCUAGUGAAGCGGUGUUCUGUUUGUUUUAACCUCGACCUGGUUUAUUAUGACCUGGAUGGAGAACAAGUUAUUAAAAUCACACUUUUCUUUCUUCUGUUUUGGCAAAGAGAAUGAGGUUUUACAAAGUUUAAAGCUUUUACUAUGAUGUCUACUUCCAGUUUCACAACUUUUAAGUGAUGUAACAAUGGGGAACUGGUGGUAAAAAAGAUUACCCCUUAACUCUCGAACAGGAAGCCAACUUCAGCCUUGUGUCCUUUUCGACCAGUAAGCUCCUCUGGCCUUGUUAUUUGGACCCGUGCUCAUGUCAGUGCUCUGCUUACCGCCAGUUUACUACGUUGGUGGCCUGUCUCUCUCCUCUGUCUGUGCUUCUUCUGCUGUACUUCUUGCUAAAUAUUUUCCAACACUAUGAGAUAUGUUUUAAGGUUAUUUCAGUGUAGUAGAUUGUACAGGGAAACACAGACGGGAGAAUCUUACCUUGUCAUGAUGUCUACAUCUUUUUGUGAAAGCAAUUUUUUUAUUUGUAUUUUAUUUAUUGUUAAUUUAUUCUGCAGGAAACACAACAUACUGGUGCUGACAUGACUUUAGAAGCACAGUGGCUGUGGUUGCUGCUUGUGAGUGGAAUUUGUAUUUAUAAACGUGUUGGGCGGGAGUCAUGUAUAAUUCACAGAAUUAAUGGACAAUUUUAAAUGUAAAACUUUUGUUUACGGUCAACGGUACGACAAGGUUCAAUGGAGGUGCACACAGCGUGUAAGAGAAAAUGGUUGAAUGUGUUUGAUUCAGCAGGCCUUGUUCCUUACACUGGAGCCCAUGUGAGGAUAUUUACAUUUCCAAGGUAACAUUCACACUUUAGAGGUUAGGUCAGUACAUUUUCUGUGUGGAGAUAUCAAGCUGUUGUGAAUGUUUGUUUGCAGCGCACCACAGAUUCUGAUUGAGAAACUUGAUGUCUACUACCAGCUGGCACUUGGUCACUUUUUUUAAACAGGAAACAUAGUUUUAAAGUCCACAAAUCAUUACUCAAUGAUUACUUGUUAUUUUUUUGAUGUUAAGCUCUCCAUCCCUGUGAUGUCAGUAGCUGUAUCUCGAAACUUGUGAAAUGUGUACGCCGUUGAUUAAAGGGUACGAUAUGUUGGAGCUCCAACAGUUGAGGAAUGCUGCAAAAAGAUCUGUCCGAGCUCGUUUUUACGACGGCUGUUACAUUUUUUGUGAACAAUGACUCAUUUCUCACUGUUGUCACUAGCAGCAUCCGAUUCAAUGCAACCUAAGUUUCAGUUCCCUGGAUGUGUUAUUAAACAUUUAGAAUAUAUUCUUGUCACUUCUCUUCUUCUAUAUGCA